CAAAGUUUCUGGUAAAAGUUAUCCUUUCCCAUGGCAAGAAUGGAGUCUUUGCUAAAGUCCCCAAUGAAACUUGUGGUUUUAGUGGCAUGGCUGUCCAGUGUGCUGGACUAUUGCAGAUUUUCUGCCAUCUGUUCCUCAUGCCAUCAAAAUGCAACAUGUGAAUACAUCAAUGGAUCAAAAGGGUGCUUCUGCAAGCCUGGAUUUACUGGUGAUGGAACUAAGUAUUGUGAAGAUGAUGAUGAAUGCCAAAACACAACACAGAUCUGUGGUGAAUUUGCAAACUGUACGAAUACCCAUGGGAGCUAUUUCUGCACUUGUACAUCAGGGUACAAAUCAAAAGGGAAGAAACAGUUUUUGCCCAAUGAUGGUACCUAUUGUACUGAUAUUGAUGAAUGUCAGGACCCAUCUUCCUGUGGACUAUUCUCAAAUUGCCACAAUACAAUUGGAUCAUUUUAUUGUAGCUGCAAAGAGAUUAUUUUCCUUCAUCUGGAAAGUUACAUUUUGAAUCCAAUGGUAAUACACAAUGUAGAGAUUAGUAACAUCAAAGAACCACAGAGUCUGCUGGAAGAGAUAAGGAAACAAACUUCAGGGGACCUGUCACCUGUUGAUAUGAUUUCAUAUGUGGAGGUCUUAUCGCGAUCAGUUCCAUCAUUAAGUGUUAUGAACGACACUGUAAUUGACAAGGAGGCACUUACUAAUGCUACUAUCAAAGAUUUUGUAAAUACAGUAAACAAUCUCGUUGAAAGGGAUGAAUUAGUGGCAUGGAACAGGAUCAAUACAGAAGACAGAAAAAAGACUGUUACAAAACUGCUGCAUACUGUGGAAGAAGCAACCCUGAAUAUUUCUCAAAAUUUCAAAAAAGCAACCGAGAUGGAAGUCAAUGCAAGUGACAUUGCCCUUAAACUGUACAUCUUUGAUACCCAACAAAUAAAAAGUAAUGUUAGUGCAAAUGUUAACAUAGAAGGGGAUUUCAUUGCACUUACCCAAAAGUAUGAUAAAGACAUUGAUACGAAUGGCAGUGUUUCUAUUGUUUUUCUCCGGUACAACAGUAUUCGUGUUCUUCUGGAAACAAAUAACGUUCUGGUGGAAACAGACAACUCCCAGGCAAUAGAAACAUCAGAUUUUACUGUGAACUCUCAAGUCGUGGCAGCAGCCAUCAAAGCACACCCACCACAAACCUACCAGCUUGACCAAGUUACAUUUAUACUUAAACAUAUUGAGCCUAUUAAUCCAGACACUGUCACAAAAUGUGCUUUUUGGAAGUACUCUCCAGUGAAUAUGAAAGGACUUUGGUCCACAGAGGGCUGUGAACGUAAUCAUGGCAAUGUUACUCAUACUGGAUGCCGGUGUGAUCAUCUGACUCAUUUUGCUAUUCUAAUGUCUUCUGGACGAACUAAUCUGUUGGCCCACUCUAAUAUCCUUAAAAGAAUCACACAGCUGGGAAUAAUAAUAUCACUGGUCUGCCUGUCCAUGUGCAUUUUUACCUUUUGGUUCUUCAGUGAAAUACAGAGCACCAGGACCACAAUUCAUAAAAAUCUCUGCUGCAGUCUCUUCAUGGCAGAAUUCAUCUUUCUAAUAGGAAUUAAUAUGAACACCAACAAACUAUUCUGCUCUGUCAUCGCCGGAUUACUACAUUAUUUCUUUUUAGCUGCUUUUGCCUGGAUGUGCAUAGAAGGAAUCCACCUUUACCUAAUAGUAGUUGGUGUGAUAUACAAUAAAGGCUUUCUCCACCGCAACUUUUACAUAUUUGGGUAUGGUAGCCCAGCUGUAGUGGUUGGAAUUUCUGCAACACUUGGCUACAAGUACUAUGGAACAAAUAAAGUGUGUUGGCUAAGUACAGAGAACAACUUUAUAUGGAGCUUCAUAGGACCAGCUUGUCUAAUUAUUCUGGUUAAUCUGUUGGCUUUUGGAGUGAUCAUUUAUAAAGUAUAUCGACACACAGCUGUGAAAAAACCUGAAGUCAGCCACUAUGAAAAUAUAAGGUCCUGUGCAAGAGGUGCCCUUGCUCUUCUUUUUGUACUUGGUGCAACCUGGACAUUUGGUGUCCUCCAUAUCCUAAAUGAAUCUAUUACUACAGCCUAUCUCUUUACUAUUGCCAAUGCAUUUCAAGGAAUGUUCAUUUUCAUAUUCCUGUGUGUUUUAUCCAGAAAGAUCCAAGAGGAGUACUACAGAUUGUUUAAGAACGUGCCAUGUUGUUUUGAUUGUCUCAGAUAAACAGGCAAAAAAGAAGGGAUAAGGAAAAUGGACUUCAAUGCAUACUUUCAUUGAUGAUAAUCAGAAAUAAUCAGUUGUCUCAAAAGCACUCUGAAACAGAUACAGUGUUGCAUACAUUACGUGUAAACACAGCAUCUGACUGAUCAUUUUAAAACAAUAUCCAAGGGAAACAUACUGGAAAUAUAUUUUUUUUACUGUAGGCCUAUAAAGCUGAUACCAGCAUUAUCAUGUAGCAGCAAUUAAGUCAUGUUCAUCUUUGAAUUAUUUUCAUAUACUUUAAUUUAAAUGAACAAUUCCUCUUAAGAAUGAUGUAACUGAAUGUAUACAGAUGACUUUAUACCAAUUUAACCACAAAGGAUUUCAGUAUUAUUUGUGUAAAUAUUGUUUGCAAUAAUGCUGUUCAGUACAGUACACAACAUUUUUCUAUAUGUUUUUUUUUCCUAUUGCAACACAACAUUUUAUAUUUAAGUAAAAUAACAGGUAAGCAGAAUUAGGCUUUACUACACAAGGACUCUCAUACAUCUUGCUGUUAAAAGUCUCUUGUAUCUCCACUACAACGUUUCUUACAUGAAUGGCUUUAAAUUUGUAUCCAGUCACUCAGGACCUUGCAAAUUAACUGUACAUUAACUAAAUUCAACAUUACCUCCAACAAAUAGAAGCUUCAUCACAAGCUUUGAAUGGAAACUAGUCAUUAGGGCUUUCCCCAAGCUAAAAUUGAACACAAUAAAAUUCACUAGUAAUUGGGGACACUGGAUUUCAGACUUCAGAAAAAAAGUCAUUUAUGAUGACCUGUGUCUGCAGAAUAGAACAGAUGUACAUAUAUAUUUAUAUAUUCCUUUCACUGCUAUGUCAUUUUUUAAUUAUUUACUUUUUUCUUAGCCAGUUUAGUUAAUUACAAAAUAUGUUUCAGAUCUUUUUUUAGUCAUCAAGUCUCAAAAUCUAAAUGACAAGCAAACACAUGAAGAAUUAGCAAGAAUACUUACAUGAAAAAAUACACAUUUUGUUUCUGAGGAUUUUAAUCCUAAUAAUACUUUGGUUAUUGGAGUGUAGGUGCAAAUGUAAGAUUACUUUACUCAUUUUAGGUUGAACUAAAUAAUACAAAAAAUGCAAUCUGUAAAUCAGGUAAUGAACAUCUUAUUGGAACUUAUAUGUACUGUAAAUCUUUUUUAAUCAUUUCAUCAAGUGAAUUCUGGUUCUACAGUGUAGUUAAAAUUAACAGAGAGGUGUAUCAUGGUGUUAAAUCAGCUUAACUACACCAGAGCAAAAUUAUGUCUUCCUGAAAUCAGUAUACAUUACAAACUUUUAAAUUCAAUUAUAUUAAAACACAGAUAUGCAAUCAAAAAACACUUAACAUUUAACAGGAACUGUUAAAAAUGAAGCAAAAUCAUUAAAUGCUUCCUGUAUAUUUUGCAAUGUAUGGAUAUUUUGAACUUCUUUUUGUAAUAUUGUGUAAAUAAGAAAAAAGACUGCAUGUAUUGAUAUUUUUAAAAAACAAAUACAGACAUGAAAUUAGUCCUUUUACAAAUUUGUAACUGAUCAUGAAUUCACAAUAUCAAGAGAAUUAGGAAGAGGAAAAUUAAGCUAAAUAGAAGUUAGAUCUUUAUUAUACUAUUACAAUGAAAUUGGAAUAAUUAAAACACAACUACCAGAAUGGCAGUGGCUAAAAGAGCUUUAGCAAAUACAGAGACAGGAAAGAUGCUAAAGUGUGCCACUGCAAAUUGAAAAGAGCAUUCAUGUACAGGAACCUUAAUCUCUUAAUCGAUAUGGGUCACACAUUAAAAACAUUCAAAAGACA